AUGAAGAAGCGGGGAGUGCUGAGCAUUUGCUUGGACGUGCGUGGCUCCUACGAGCUCGUUCGUUGCAAGGUAGUCCUCGGUGAUUGGAGCAUCCGAGACAUCGUGUUGGACUUGGCACCAAGCACCGAGAAGACUGCUCUCGCAAAAAUGGAGCAGCUGCAUGCAUCGCUGGUCAGAUUUGCGGAUGGCGAUGCGGCCUUCAUGGCCGACGGUGAGCGGGUGGAGGGUUUGGGUGUCAGACUGGCCAAGGAGUUGGUUUCCAGAUGGGUGCUGGCGUACCCAAAGGACAGUGAGAAGUCUCAAAAGAACAAAGACAACGGGGGGUUUGCGAGAGCUCUGCGAAACAGCCCCAAGUUGGCAGCCAAGUUCGAGGUGGCCGAAACCGUGACGUGCAAUUUGGUGCCGAUAUACAAGAUGUUGGUAGAGAUCCGAGCUGCGCGGGGAUCUUCUUCCCAGUGGGCCGAGCGCCUGCUGGGUCUUUUCCGCCCUGGAUCCUUGGCGCAGUCCGCAUUCCACAUCAACUGCUUGAGAUCGCGGCUCGUGCGCUUGUUUAGCUUCAGGGACGAGCAAGGCAAGCUCCAGAAACCGCUGGUACUGGAUCCCGCGCACUCCACCGGGUACGUCCAGGCACUGCAGGGUUCGUGGAAUCUGAUGGAGACACAGGCGCUAACCUCUGAAGGCAGAAUGAUUUUUUAUUCGGCAGGAGGUUCGGCCCAGGACGUGCUGUCAUGGGCAGCCUGCGAACUGGGGAGCAUCUGGAACGCCAUCACAGUCUACCUUCAGGGCAUCACAGCAGAACACGAUUACAUGAUCGCAUCCGCACUGCAACCGUUCGACACGACGUGGUGGCAGCACCGCGACGACGAAUCCUUGUGCUGUGCUUACUCGGUUUAG